GGAGCAAAAGGCAAAUUAAAAAAAAAAAAAAUUAAAAACAAAGAAAAAAGAAAAGAACAAUAAAAUUGAAUGUGAUAAUCUCGAAAGCUGUCUGUGACAUUGAGUGGGACACUCUCCGAACAAAGCCACCACCGCCAUGUUAGAACGUACACUCUCCUCCCGACGCGGCAACCCUCACGGCGAAGGAGACGACGACGUGGGCGUCAAUGGUGACGAAUCAAAGACGAAGAAACAGCAACACAUCCUCUUCCGGUUUACAAACAGAGCUUCAACCUACUUCUCCCGAACGUUAGGUUUUGGUGGCCUUUACGUCCCGUGUGUCGCAAUAGCAUUGCUUCUCUUAUUAGCUUUCUCUUUCAUCUUCACCUCUCGCGGCUUCGUCUGCAUCUCAUCUUCCUCUUUCUACCGACCCGCUUCUCGCGCCGCUUUUUUCGGUCUCGAUGGUCUCGACUCCGAUUUUGGAGUCCUCGGUGUGCCCUGCUGCAGAUCGAAACACGGUAAAACUGUAGAAUGGACAUCGAAAGAUCUGCUUAAGGGUCUAGAAGAGUUUGUUCCUAUAUAUGAAACACGGCCAAUCAAAAACAACAUGUAUGGGAUGGGUUUCGAUCACAGCUUUGGGCUUUGGUUUAUGGCUCGCUGGCUGAAACCGGAUCUGAUGAUCGAGAGUGGUGCUUUCAAGGGACAUUCGACUUGGGUUUUGCGGCAAGCUAUGCCAGACACACGGAUUAUUUCUCUUUCACCUAGGCAUCCAGAAAAGUAUCUAAAAAAGGGACCUGCAUAUGUUGAUGGUAACUGCACAUAUUAUGCUGGAAAGGACUUUGUAGAUUUUGGAAGUGUUGACUGGCCAAAAGUGAUGAGCAAACAUGGGAUUACUGACCUUAGUCGGGUUCUUAUAUUUUUUGAUGACCAUCAGAAUGAAUUGAAAAGAAUUGAACAAGCUCUGAAAGCUGGGUUCCGGCAUCUUGUUUUUGAGGAUAACUAUGACACUGGUACUGGUGACCAUUAUUCAUUGAGGCAGAUAUGUGAUCAAGUUUAUAUACGAGGUGGGGGACACAGUUGCUUUAAAGACAGUGAUGAAGCUAGGAUCAGGUCAAGAAGGAAGCAAUUCUGGGAGAAAGCAGUUGAUAUGGAAGAACUGUGCGGGCCAGGGGAAGCAUGGUGGGGAGUUAGAGGGUACAUGCGUGACAACUUCAAUCACAGUAAUAAGCCAAUAUCUUAUGCACAGCAUUUCCAGAAUAGCCGGUAUGUUGAAUCUAUUCUUGAUGUGUACUGGGAACUCCCACCGGUUGCUGGUCCAUCCCUCACCCAUCAAACCAGAUAUGAUCCUGCUCGUGCUCCCAAUCCUGUUGUUGAAGAUGGGCGAUAUGGUUUGUUCCAGCGGCUUGGUUUGGCUAAACUUGACAAAUCUGUAUUUAAUGGAUACACUCAGAUGGUUUAUUUACAGAUAUCUGAACAAUAAUUUACAGUUGCUUAGACAAGGGUACGAUGUAGUUGAAUGAAUUUGUGUACCUGUAUUAUGUACGAAUAUUUGUUUCAGCCUGAUUUGGCUUAAGAUAUAGUUCUUUUAUUCUUCUUCC